GAAGAAAAAACUGCUGUGUGUGUGUAGUUUUUAUCCCUCCCCGGAGCUGAUUUGUAUUAAUUUACUGUAGUAAUCCAUUAGGGUGUGUGUGGAUGUGAGGCAAGAGUCCACAGUGUUCUAGAACUAUGCACUAGUCCAUUAUUCUAACACUGGAAAUAAGAGAAAGUAAUUCUUGAAGGAAUAUUCAUUCUCUUUUUUUCUAUCUAUCUCAGUGCCCUGAAGCUGCUAGAGACGUUUGCCCUGAGGAGGAAGAGACCCAGCACACAAGGGACUGUGUUUGGUCUAGCUGUCUAGGAUGAAGUGGAACCUGUUCAAGAAAAAGCCUGAAGCCAUGGUCGGACCUGAGCCCACCGGGGCUGCUGUCUUAACUGUGGCCCCUGGCCCCGUGGCCUCCACCGCAGCUGACAACUCCACAGAGGCUGUCAAGAACGGCGACUUCGACGACAUCAAGAAUAAGUUCCUCAAUGAGAUCGACAAGAUCCCAUUGCCGUCAUGGGCCAUCAUCGCCAUCGCUGUGGUAGCUGCUACCCUGAUUCUCACCUGCUGCUUCUGCAUCGUUAAGAAGUGCUGUUGCAAGAAGAAGAAGAACAAGAAGGGCAAGAAAGGGAAGGGUGAAAUGGGAAUGAAGAACAUGAAAGAAGGAGAGGACGAUGAUGAUUAUGAUGAAGAUGACGCUGAGACUGGUAUGACUGGAGAUGAGAAAGAGGAAGAGGUGAAGGAGAAAGAAAAGCUCGGGAAGCUUCAGUACUCCAUAGAUUAUGACUUCCAGGACAACAAGCUCACAGUGGGCCUCCUCCAAGCAGCUGAUCUCCUCUCCAUGGACAGCGGUGGCACCUCUGACCCCUAUGUCAAGGUCUACGUCCUCCCAGACAAGAAGAAGCAUUUUACCACCAAAGUGCACAAGAAGACACUGAAUCCUACCUUCAAUGAGACCUUCAUCUUCAAGAUUCCAUUCCAAGAGAUGGGUGGCAAGACGUUGGUCAUGCAGGUCUUUGACUUUGACCGCUUCUCUAAGCACGACGUCAUCGGAGAGGUGAAACUACCCUUGCACAAGCUGGACCUGGCCCAGCCACUGGAGGAGUGGAGGGACCUGGACAGUGCAGAGAAAGAAGAGCAAGAGAAGCUGGGAGAUAUCUGCAUCUCUCUGCGCUACGUGCCCACUGCCGGGAAACUCACCAUCUGCAUCCUGGAGGCCAAGAACCUCAAGAAGAUGGACGUGGGAGGACUGUCAGAUCCCUAUGUGAAGAUCAACUUGAUGCAGAAUGGCAAGCGUCUGAAGAAGAAGAAGACCACGGUGAAGAAGAACACUCUGAAUCCAUACUACAACGAGUCCUUCAGCUUUGAGAUCCCUAUUGAGCAGAUGCAGAAAAUCCAAGCUGUGGUCACAGUGCUGGAUUAUGACAAGAUUGGUAAAAACGACGCCAUCGGAAAGAUCUGGGUGGGCAGCAAGGCGACGGGCACCCAGCUGAAGCACUGGUCCGACAUGCUGGCCAACCCUCGCCGCCCCAUCGCUCAGUGGCAUCCACUGCAGCCCGAGGAGGAGAUUGAUGCUUCGCUGGCAGCCCUGAACGCCAAGAAGUAAACCUCCUCUACCCCAAACACCCAUACCCAAACCUACCUAUCCACCUCACCCCUGGUCAUACACAUCUCCCAAUACUACAUUCCAAACCAACACACCAACCGAUUCUACACCCUUCACCUCAAAAUAUACAUAAAUAUACAUAUCCUAAUUGACGUGAUGAAAACAUUAUAGAAUAGAAAACCGUUGUAUUCCCCCUCAGCUGUGCCAUUCCACAAGGAGAUGUUACAAGACAGAUUACUCAUUUGAUUGCAUUGGAAACAUACAUUUGUAUUGGGGUUGCAGUUAGUAACAUGUUAUCAUGAAGAUAGAAGCCUGGCGUGUGAAAACAGGAGUCCGAUGUGAUGGAGGAUGAGGAAAGUACAACCAUGUAUUCACUCUUUCUGUACCUUUUCAACCCCCUCCCCUUAGAGAAAACGUUUGCUUCAAUACUGCUUAAUACUUCAAAUGCUUUAUACUGCCAUGUAAUAGAGGAAAAACACAAGCAGGUUCAUUCCUUGGGUGUAUUGUUGCACCAUCCUCCACACCUGCCAGUUACUUACUGACUAGAUUACAUUAGUUUGAACUACAUUCCUAGAGUUGGGUAAAGAGUAGGGAUAGCCAAUAUCCAGAUACCCCACACUGUUAACACACUGCCUUUUUGAUCAUUAGCUCAUCUGCUCACCCAUAUUCUCAGGUACACUGAGAGAAAACUGAAACGUCAUGCCUUUCUUUCUAAACGGGUUGUCAUUCAAAAUGCUCCGCAACAUGAUUUGAAAACCUCUGUCUGGUGCUGGAUUGGUUUCUUGUUCAAUGAUCUGAGACUAGUCUAAGUAUAUCACUGAAAUUAACCAGGGGAUAGUCUCUCUAGAGUGUCUCUCGAUAACACAGUUUGUGGCUGUCAAUCAACAGAGUUGAGAUGUGAAACGUGUUUAGGAUAAAGGGACUAUGAGCCACUGUAAGGGUCUAGCUUGGGCUAUGCUGGGAAAGCAUGCGAGAGAGAGAGAGAGAGAGAGAGAGAGAGAAUAUCUAUGUGGAAACUCAAAGGACUGAAUGGGACACUGGUUGACACAAUGUUGUUUGUCAGGUGUCUAUUCUACUGCCUGCAAUCUACCACCUUCUCCUCCAAUGCCUCUAGUAUAUAUAAUCUAUCUCCCUGUUCAGUGCUACUGCCAUUAGUCAUGGACUCACAACAAGGAUUUCACUUCUUCAAAGGAAUCCCUGUAUCCGUCUUACAGUCAUAAAGGAGACAAGCCUUCUAAGAAAUGAAAUAAGCAAUUCUCAACUACCAGGGACGCCUUCCAAUUAGCUGUGUUGUUUUUUACUCACCCUCUUAUUUUCAACUUCAAACACUUUUAUUCCUCAAGCACUUUAAAUCCAAAUGUUCUGUUCUGCUUAUCCUACUCUCCAAAAACCAGAGCUUUAACAAUUUAUUUUAUGAUGAAUAAUUCCUGGUAAAAAAAACUUUAAAAAACAAGACCAAGAGAGGGAAUUUGAGUGAAUCAUUGUUUUUGUUUGUUUGGUUUGAUCAUUUGUAACCUUGCCUGUCUUGUGACUAUACUUUGAUUGUUCUGAGAACAUUUUCUCUUAAGUUUGAUUGAAAGGAUAAGGUCUGGAAGGGGGUACUGUUGUGUGUAUGUUAUACACAGAUGGCCAAACUGCUGAGUCCAAUUGCACUAUACUGGAUAUCACUCUGUUAUGUGGUUAUAGACGUUGUUCUUUGAUCUAUGUUGUUUUUGUGACGAGAUGUUGUGAGUUUGAGUUGGUUGUGGAGUGUACAGCCACACAAGUCAGGUCUCAUAUUAGAAAGUCUGCUGAUUGGGAAAGAGACACGUUUUAGUCAAAUGCUGCUCCUCGGAUCCUUCACUUGAAUGAGUGAUUUUUACACUUUGACCUUUCUCUUGGGAUAAAUUUGAUUAUAAAAGUGGUCAUAUGACUGAAUGAAAUGUACAAUUUGCUUACCCUCUUAAACAUGUAAAAGUCCAAGCAAAAUAUAAUUAGAUAAGAGCCACCCUGGUCAUUUGAUGGAACAUGAAUUGUUCCUGUGCACCAUCUUGUUAAAAAAAACUAAAUGGUACGAAAAACGACUCGAUUGUGUUAAAGAACAAGCAAAGCAAUUUAAUGUUUUAACAGUUUGAUAACUUUUAUACUGGAAGAUCUUUUGGGAAUUACAGUAGUGAUUGUUGGUUAAUGUAUUACUUUUCUCUAUUGGACAACCAUUUCUUCAUUUAUAUGUCCAGUAGGGGUCAGAUUAGUUAUGUUUUACAUUUAGUUUCUUCUCUAUGUUCAAAAAGCAACACUAAAGAAAAGACGACAUGCAAGCAAUCAAACAACCGAUCGGUGUGUAGUUUCCUAUAUACAUAGUUCAUGCAUGUUUCUACAAAAUACUGUACAUAAGAGCAUGUUUUAGAGAUAAAGCAAUUAUAUCUUGUGUACGUACGUAUGUGGGUGUCAUUUGUCAUUUUAAUACUGUAACAAUGGAGGAAAACGAUGCACAGUAUAUUUUCGAAAUGAAUCAAAUGUGUAUUAUUUUCCAUGAAUGGGUUAUUGGAGAGAAUGUCAUAAUAUAUUAGAAAUACGAUCCUGUCCACGCCUGAACUUUUGAGCAAGUGCGUUGUGAAGUACUGUGUGUGAGUUCAUGUAGGAUGAAAACGUAGCUGCAUGCUUGCUAUCUAACUCCUUGUGCUAUUUCAUUUGGACUAAUCAUCAUUUAUUUCAUAUGUAUUUAUUCAUACAAUGUUUUAUUUUGUGAUUAUUUAAGUUUAUUGUUGUUUUCUUGACAAAUAUCAAACAUUUAGGGGUCUCACAGUUCAAGAAAUAUAUAUAUCCCGAAGUGGAACUCUCCAAUGAUCAGUGCCAAUGCUGAAAUGAGACAGAACUGAAUCCACACAUCUCCACACUGUGGACAAAAAGACCCCUAUUGUACAUUUGUUGGUUUUGUUUCACUUUGCGUUGGUUUAACGACCUGAUACCCUUUUACAAUUCUGGAUAUUUGACAGCGUUUAUUAAAGGAAUAUGUGUAUGUGUAUACAGAUAGUUGAAUUAGAUCAAAACUAAAGCCAUAAGACUCAAGCACCUAGCUCUUUAGAGCUCUGCUGAGUAACUAGAGUUAGAGAAGUGUUUUUGAUGACACAUCUAUAUAUUCCUAGUUCAGUGUUUCUCUUCUACAUUACCUUCAGAACUCUGUACUCAUCUAGAUUCCAGAAGGCAAAAUACUGAGCAGUUGUGAGUUUAGUAGAGUGGAUGUGAUUUUGUUUUCUACUAUGAAGUUGUUGAAGUUGUCUUUAUUUUCUAAAUGUAGUAGCAGAUUUCUUUCCUGUGAUGUCAUUUGUAUAUGCCUUGUUUUGAUAGUAGGAAUCAUGGGUCAUGGUCUUCUUAUGUCAAAAGAUGCUAUCGGAAAUAUUCAAAAGGCGGCAUGCAGAACAUUUACAUGAUCCAACUGUGUGUCAGGCUGGUCUGUCGGUGAUCCUUGGGCUGAGUGCAAUUCAUUUAGGACCCUGACAGCGGGCUAUGGACCCCUCUAUAGGAACUAUGCUGUCACGGAACAGCAGAGUUUUCAUCUCCAGUGGCUUUACAGACAUGACUUAUGAUAUAUCGUGAUCAACGAUAUGCCAAACAAUCUAUAUCUAACCUGUACCAAUGCCAAGCCUCAGCAUACUUUUUUUGAUCAACAUCUGGUGCGUUCAUGGUAAACGGUAGAGUUAAGAUAAAUAAUCUACAGCAUAAUCUUAGCCACUUGAUGGAAACUAGCUGUGUCAACUCAACACUUUGUCUAAUGGCAACACGAUUUAAAUAAUAACAGUGCUGUCUGAUGUCCCAUUCAACAUGUUUGCAACAAUGUAAUAGCAGGAUCAUUGAUGUUGCUUCUUCACUCAAUGUUACAAUGUUACAAUCAACUUGGACUGUGACCGAACCGAGGCACAUUAAUCCAGUUGAAGAUUUCAGUGUCUUUCUAAAAUACUGCCAGUAUAUCCAUCUAUAUUUACAAUUCUAUGAAAAUCCUCAUCAGUAAUCUGUUUGAAUCUAUUUCAGAGCCAAAAUAAUUCCACUGAUGCGGAUGCAGAUUAGACGAUAAGAUAACUUUCAUUAAAGGUUAAUAUACAGCACAUUUGUGUCAAAAAGAUUGUUUCAAUGCGUUUUACACUGCCACGGUCAUUGCAAUCAAGACCACCAGCUGGACAGUUAGCUCUAUGGAGGAAAGAGACUGAGAACUGUGUGUUUGUCUGUAUUUUGUGUAUGUGUGUUAUAGCAGAGGUUCUCAAACUUUUUGGGGCCGGUGACCCUUUUUGUGAUAGCAAAUUCAUCAGGGACCCCCUCAUAACUUGAGUGAGAUAAAAAUAAAAAUAAAAUAUAUAUAUAUAUAGCAUACAGGGAGUUUUACUGUGACUUCAGAAGUGCAUGGCCAGACUAAGGAACAUUUUAAAGGCCCACCUCUUGGCAUCUGAGAAAAUGUUGCAGUUUUCAAGUUGGAAGUGUUUCGUUUUUUUGCCCUAACACCACACAGAUGAUUCACAUGAUUAAAGCGUGAUGAUUAUUUGAAUCAGCUGUGGAGUACUAUGGCAAAAACCAAAAGGUGCACCUCUUGGUGUCCUGAGGACUGAGUUUGGGAAACCCUACCUAAAUUGAAGCAAUAACAAUAAACUGUGUUUUGGUAAAAAGCUGAGUGAUGGGCCUGGAGAAAUGUAACCACUCUUAAAUGCAUAGACAGAGAUAUGGAUACAAGGACUGACCAUCCACACAAUCAAAAUGAUAGUUUUAACAAUAUGUUGAGGCUAUGCAGUGUUUGUUUACGUUUACAUCGUUUACAAACAUUGGAGUAAAACAAGCUUAUAUUUUGGGUUCUGAUAGGGUACGGUAUGACAGUUGAACUAAGCUCAUGAGGCAUUUAUAAGUUGUAUUAUGGUAUUCCAUACCAAAAAUGGAUGUAGCAACUAAGGAUUCUCGCUUUAAAUUACAAAGCAUUUACUUGUGGGGGAGGUACAAUAAUUAUUAAGAAGAAAAAUGGAUAAUUGGUGGAGCACUGUGGAUACCAUUAUCCCUGUGAGCCUCCCAGGCCCAUGUUGCCCAGGGUUAAGAACAUAGAUUCUAGAUGAAUAAUAUGACAUUGUAUUACACCCUCUAAACUUAUUCCACAGAUUCAUUGAACCUGAAAUAUGAUUUGAGAUAUGACCAUGGACCCCACUUUGAGAAGCCCUGUGUCAUAGGAACAAAAAGCAUAGGGCCUUUAUAAAGUGAGCUGUUGCAGUGAAAAAACACAGUACUACUGCAACUUACUAUACCUAAACAUAUAUAUCUGCAUGCCCAGAAUACAUAAACCAUGCCUAAUUGUACAUUUGUGGUGAUGAAAAUAAUUAACAAACAUGUUUUUAUUUACAAUGGUUAAUAGAGUUUAAAAUGAUUGCUAUUAUAGUAUUACAGAUUUGUUGAUAGCCUAAAUUGAUAAACUGUAUCUACCUUAUGCACAACUGCUUCAGAAACUAACUGUAGGCUAUAUCUCAGCAGGGGAGAAACAACGGAUUGAGAGCAUGAUGAUUCACACACUACAUACCACAGUUAUUUUGUACUACUGGCUGCUUUGCUUCUAUUAAAUGACAUUUAAGUACAUUAUAAAAAGGGGUCAAUGGGACUUAAAGAGAAACUCUCCAAACUAGAGUCCAUCAUAUUCUCCAACUUCCAUGUCCGCAAUGUGUUAGGGGGUGUCAUUGGGCAUAGGUCACUCACCACCUAACGAUGUGUUCUCCUGUCUCUGUUUGCGUAGCUCGCUUUGUACUGUAAUAAUCACUAGGUUAGUGUUGUGUUUCUUUGUGUUAUAUUAAGAAUGCGAAACUGCAGUAGGGCCAAUUGAAGAGACAAUUAUUGAACUUUUCCACCAUGAAGUCACUGUUUUGUCUUACCAUUAAUGUGCUGUUGUUGUGGAACUGGGCUCGCGGAGGUCUUUGGAUCCAGAAUUAUAAUGACAGAUUUUCAGAGGAAUGUCGUCCUUCACGUUUACAACAUGGAUAUAUAUACAGUACUGCCAAAAUGCGCAGAAUAGUACCAACUCCUUGAACUUUUCCUUCACUCCUCAUUCUCCAUACUAGGAUUGUAUUCCAAAAGACUGUUUUCCUUUGUUCUCUCUUCAUCCUCUUUUUAAGCCUCAGAGGACCAUGAGAUUGUGCGUCCUCAGGCUGUGUUUCUCUGUGUCUUAGUGUUGUGGUGCGUGUGUUCAUGUCAGUACUUGUGCCUACUGUGGAUCGCAUGCUUUAGCCCUUGACUGGACACAAAACGUUGCUCAAAUAAAAACUCCCUACAGCCCGUCAGCGAAUGAGCAUCGAGGAUCCUUGUAAAGUUAUCGAGGGAACCAAAUAACUCAAUACAGAUCUAUCAUAAGUGUUACCAGCUCUGUACGAAACAAAUAGGAAAUAAAGGCCUUUUAAU